AUGGAUCAGCCUAGCUCCCCUGCUAGGCCUACUAUCGAACAAUUACGACAUGUUGUCAACAACUAUCCCCUCAUCGAUAACCACGCACACAACCUCAUUCUGCCUCACCAAGCAGAUACGAUACCUUUUGAGACCAUAACUACGGAAGCCCAAGGAAGAGCUCUAAGAGACACUUUCAAAUCCCUUCCUCAUUUGCGAGCAGCUAGACAGCUAGGCCAACUUUACGAAUGCGGCCAAGACGCAGAUUGGGAGGACAUUCUGGAACAGAGGGUUGAAUGGGUUCGAAGCAAUUCCGAGCGUCUACAUCAACGAUGCUUCGAGAACGUACACGCGUUACUCAUCGAUGACGGACUUGCCGGACCAGAAAAAGUCUUUCCCUACAAUUAUCAUGAUCGUUAUACCAAGGCACCCAGUAAACGCAUUGUACGUAUUGAGACAGUCGCUGAGCGCUUGAUGGAGAACCUUGUUCAGGACGCAUCAGAAGACGACCUGGGGAAGACCAAGUUUCUACCACAGACCUGGACAAACUUCACUGAGGACUUCGAGCGCGAAAUUCAAGAGGCUGUUGAGGACGACAACGUCGCUGGGUUCAAAUCUGUCAUUUGUUACCGAACAGGGCUCGACAUUGAGCCAGAAUAUGAGGAAGCUGCAAAAACCGUUGGGCACCCUUUCGAACGCUACGUUAAGAGCUGCAUUCGCAAACGCAAUUACCGUAUUGAGAAGAAGCACCUGAAUGACUAUCUCGUUUUGCGUACCCUGGAGAUAUUGUCGGAGCGACUACCUCAUUCUGAUUCCCUUGCGAAGCCAUUUCAGCUACAUACUGGUCUUGGAGAUAAUGACAUUAGCCUUCUUGAGUCCAACCCUGCUUUCCUCCAGCCAUUGAUUGAAAACUACCCACAAGUACCAUUUGUACUUCUCCAUUCUGCCUAUCCGUAUACGCGCGAAGCCGGCUACCUCGCAACUGUAUAUCGACACGUGUACCUUGAUAUUGGCGAAGUCUUCCCAAUGGUCAGUAGGGAUGGCCAGAAAGCGAUUCUACGACAAUCCAUGGAACUUGUCCCGGCCAGUAAACUCUUGUAUUCUUCGGAUGGGCACUGGUUUCCAGAGACCUAUUGGCUUGCCAAUAAACAGUUCCGCGAAGUCUGGCUCGAUCUACUCGUAGAGUACAUCCAGAAAGGCGACCUAACACCGCAUCAAGCGAUUGGCAUGACGAAAGACAUCAUGUUCAACAAUUCCAAUGUGCUAUACGACUUACGCUACGAGGCUUUCUUCGAUGAAACAGUACAGGCAGAUCCAAAGCAGCUCACAUACAACCCGAAGCCAGUCGAAGCUUCGCCUUAUCAGUCUCCAGCAGUAACACCGAUACCCACCAUGGGCUUUCCCAACCGGUCCUCAGCUUCCAAUGCGCAAGCUACUCGAUCAGUCUCUCCGUACACACAGCCAGCUUUCCCUCCACCACCAAAGGCACCGCAAGUCUACGAUAUCCAGCUGUUUGACGAUUUCAAGGAGAAGAAUCCCACAGUGAAGUUCAUUUACGUACAAUGGCUUGAUUACAUGGCCACAAUCCGUAGCCGCAUAGUUCCCAUCAAGGAGUUUACUCGCAUGAUAACCGAAGGGGAACGUAUCGGUAUAUCCCAGGGAAACAUGGGCACCCUUCAAAAUGACCACAUAACGCCCGUCACAAAUACGACGGGCCAGAUAUACGUCGAGCCGGACUUACGUUCUCUCCGCAGAACGCACAACAAAGAUCCGCUGCCCGCUGCAACAGUACUCAGUUACUGGCGCACGGAAAAUGGUUCUGCGCUUCCAGAAGACCCGCGGAACAACCUUGAGACGCUUAUCAAUGACCUCCAGUACAACUACGCCACAACACUUCUUACCGGGUUUGAAAUUGAAGUCACGUUUCUUUCCCGAAACCCCCCUUCGGCAUCAACCAACCCUUUCGAAGCUGAGCCCUAUUCACCCCUGACAAAAACCCACGCAUGGGGCACACUAACGCCAGAACAGUGGCUUCAGCUUCCCUUCCUUAGCGAAAUCGUUCUGGCACUUGAGGACAUGGGUAUUGAGGUCCAGCAAUUCCAUGCCGAAUCAGGACCGGGACAGUAUGAAUUCGUACUUCCGCCCCAUCCUCCUCUCCUUGCAAUUGACACGCUUCUCCAGGCCAGACAGGUCAUCGCUCAGAUAGCUAGUCUGCAUGGGCUACGUGCGACGCUUCAUCCCAAGCCCUUUGAAGGCAUUGGUACGGCGGCUCAUGCGCACAUCAGCUUGCACCCACCAGAGCGUGAUAUGCAGUUCUUCGUUGGAGGUGUCUUGAAGCACUUGCCUGCCAUCUGUGCGUUUAGCAUGCCCGAGGAAAUCAGUUACGAACGCGUAACGGAAAACUCUUGGACAGGCGGAACAUGGGUAGCAUGGGGGACCCAAAACCGUGAAACGCCACUCCGACGCAUAUCUCCAGGUCAUUGGGAGCUUCGCUGUCUUGACGGAUUUGCAAACAUGUACUUUGCUCUUUCUGCUGUUCUCGCCGCUGGUCUACUCGGUCUCGCUGCGAACGAACCUUCUUUCCCGGAACAAGACAUCCAAGUUAACCCUUCGACCAUGGACGAGCAGAUGCGGGCGGAGUUUGGUGUUAUGAGAAGGUUGCCAAGAAGCAUGCAAGAAGCUGUCACAUCGCUGAGAGCGGAUAUGCCACUUAACGAGGCUUUGGAUCCCGCAUUUUUGAAGGCAUAUCUAUAUAUGAAGGGCGAGGAAGCAAAGAUGUUGGGGGAUAUGGGCGAUGGCGAGCGGAGAGUGUUUCUGGUGGAAAGGUAUUGA